AUAAAAUAAACGAAAAUAGCUCAUUGAAAAUGAAAACAACACCAUCAAACAAACAGGGUCUUCCCCACACGGCCACACCAUCCUCUCCCCAAACGGAAUGAGCUCGUUCAUGUUCCUCUACCACCGAACACACCUCGCCACCACCUCUUGCUAACAUUCGGAGGAUCGGAGCAAAUUCUGAAGGCUCGUGCGUUCGCGGUGGUUAGGGUUAGGGUUUCCGAGCGAUGUGGUAUGCUCCAUGCAUUGAUGAAUCUUCUCUCUGUGUGUUUGAAGCCAUUUGGCCGCGCCGCCGAUAGAGUCGAAUCCGGUGGAAUUCUCGGGAGCAGUUUUGCUGGAAGAGGAGAAGGUAAAGACGACUUGCUCUGGUUCCGCGACGUCGGAAAAUAUGCCUCCGGUGAAUUCUCCAUGGCCGUUGUUCAAGCCAACCAGGUUCUCGAGGACCAGAGCCAGAUUGAGUCCGGUCCUCUCGGCACCUUCGUCGGUAUUUACGAUGGCCAUGGCGGACCUGAUGCUGCCAGAUACGUUUGCGAUCACUUGUUCCGCAAUUUUCAAGCGAUAUCGGCUGAGUCACGUGGAGUGGUGACAGCUGAGACAAUUGAAAGGGCAUUCCUACAGACAGAAGAGGGGUACACUGCUCUUGUAUCUAACUCAUGGAACUCUCGACCUCAGAUUGCAAAUGCUGGGUCCUGUUGUCUGGUUGGAGUGAUAUUUCAGCAGACACUCUUUGUGGCAAAUGCUGGAGAUUCCCGUGUUGUAUUGGGUAAGAAAGUUGGCAAUACAGAUGGUGUUGCUGCAAUCCAACUGUCUACAGAACACAAUGCAAAUUUAGAGGCUAUUAGAGAGGAGCUUAGAGAAUUACACCCUAAUGAUCCCCAAAUCGUUGUUCUCAAAUAUGGAGUGUGGAAAGUAAAAGGCAUUAUUCAGGUUUCUAGAUCUAUAGGCGACGUAUAUAUGAAAGAUGCGCGAUUUAACCGGGAGCCACUUGCUGCAAAAUUCAGACUUCCUGAACCAAUGAACAUGCCUAUCAUGACUGCUAAUCCCACUAUUCUUUCUCAUUCUCUCCAACCAAAUGAUUUGUUCCUUAUAUUUGCAUCAGAUGGUUUAUGGGAGCACCUAAGUAAUGAAAAGGCUGUGGAUAUUGUCAACAGCAAUCCACGUGCUCUGUUCUGCUUGCUCGGGUUGCUAUUUUCGCGGCUAUCUUGCAUCUCUAGGUCCUAAAAUUCUGUUAUUGCAGGGUAGUGCCAAGAUACUUGUCAAGGCUGCCCUCCACGAAGCAGCAAGAAAACGAGAAAUGCGAUAUUCAGACCUACGUAAGAUUGACAAGAAGGUUCGGCGCCAUUUUCAUGAUGACAUAUCUGUUAUUGUUUUAUUCUUAAAUCACGACCUUAUAUCCAGAGGCACGGUGCUAAACCCACCAUUGUCAUAUCGAAGUGCUCUUGAUCACGGUCUUGAAUGAUCAUAAGCUGUCUUAUACGAGUUUUUGCCAACUGUACACCAUUGUAUCUGGCUUGAAGACGGUGGCGUGGCCCCUUUGGCUUUUGGUACUGUGGUCAUUAAUGAGGCACGAGAAUUUAUUAAGUUAUAACAUUAGAAAUUUUCCCAUCAAGGGGAAAAAGAGCAAAAUAACUUUUGAUUAUAGCGAUUCCCUUUUCUAACCUUGCAGUCCACAUGCUGCUGCAUUUGAUUUUUGUUUUCUCUUUUCUUUUGGCAGAUCAUAGUUAAUCAAGCAGCAUGUUGAUUGAUUGAUGUCAAAUUUAUUUAACUAUCAAAGUUGCAUAUGUAAUGAAGCAUAUUGAAGUUAAGUUCAGAAAAAAAAAAGCACCUCCAUUUUGAAAUUUAAGUACGAUUCAAUAAAAAUAAAGAAAUAAAUUUAAUGACAA